AAUGCACUUUGAAUAAGAACCAGCAGAAAUAAUAUGCAGUAGACAUAGACUUGCCGUCUUCAGAUACUGCAGUUAUCUGACAGGUUCCAAAAUUACUAAGUUUUAUAAGUUUAAAAAAACAAACAAGAGGUUCUAAAAUAGAUAAUAAUUGCAAGUCUUUUGGGCUCAAAAAGAAUCAAAUAGAACUUCCAAAAAAUGAAAAAGGAAUACCAUAUUGUGUUGACUAUAAAAUAAGAUUGUAAGAUGCAGCAUAAUUUUAUGGGCCAUCAAAAACACUGCCAGUUGUCAUUCAAGAUGCCACUGAUUAUAAGAUGCUCCUGGAUUGCAGGGGUGUUUAAAUCUGAGAGAAAAGUUGUUUCAGAAUUGAUGAACUAUAUAAAUUGAAAGUUAAAAAUCUAGCAGAUUGAUUAAAUUACAGAUUAAGCUCAGCUGAUGAGAGAAUCAGUUAACUGGACUAAAGAAACAAUAUUCAACGUAAGUAAAAUAUCCAGAUUGGAGCCCAGAGAGACAAUGAAAUAGAAAUAUGAUAGAAAGACUACAUCUUAAGGGAUAGAAUGAGAGCACAAAACAUAUACCUAAUAAAAUUCCAGAAGGUAAUAGAUUGGGUAAAAGCCAAUGUUAAAAAGUAUAAUGACUGAAAAUUUAUGAGAAUAGUGGAAAGAUAGCUAUCCCCAGGUAUAGGAAUCCAAUCUCAAGCGGGAUAAACCAAAAGAAAUUUGUACCUAGACACAUUAUUGUGUAUCUGAAGAAUACAUGAAGAUAAAACUGCAGAACAUCAAAGACAAAGAGGUCUUCAAAGCAACCAAAGGUGCUCUGCUGUCCUGAGGCCUGGCCAUGCCUGUGUGUGAGGAAAACCCCUGAAGUUUGCCUGGAGGAAGAAGCAUGCAGAGUUCCCCUGGAGGAGGCGUGAUUCGCAGGUUGUCCCCUGUGGGCAGGCGGACACUCCUCGUCUGCAGCUUUAUCCUGGCAGCAGCUUUGGGCCAGAUGAAUUUCACAGGUGACCAGGUUCUUCGAAUCCUGGCUAAAAAUGAGAAGCAGCUUUCACUUCUCAGGGAUCUGGAGGGCCUGAAGCCCCAGAAGGUGGACUUCUGGCGCGGCCCAGCCAGGCCCAGCCUCCCUGUGGACAUGAGGGUUCCUUUCUCUGAAUUGAAAGACAUCAAAGCUUACCUGGAGUCUCACGGCCUUGCUUACAACAUCAUGAUAAAGGACAUCCAGGUGCUGCUGGACGAGGAGAGAGAAGCCAUGGCGAAAUCCCGCCGGUUGGAGCGAAGUACCAGUAGCUUCAGUUACUCCUCUUACCACACCCUGGAGGAGAUCUAUACCUGGAUUGACAACUUUGUAACUGAGCAUUCAGAUAUUGUCUCAAAACUUCAGAUUGGCCACAGCUUUGAAAAUCGGUCCAUCCUUGUUCUGAAGUUCAGCACUGGAGGUUCUCGGCGCCCGGCCAUCUGGAUUGAUUCUGGAAUCCAUUCCCGGGAGUGGAUCACCCAUGCCACCAGCGUCUGGAUUGCCAAGAAGAUUGUCAGUGAAUAUGGCAAAGACCGCAUCGUAACAGAUGUACUGAACGCCAUGGACAUCUUCCUGGAAAUUGUCUCUAAUCCUGAUGGGUUUGCUUAUACCCACAGUAUGAACCGCUUGUGGCGGAAGAACAAGUCCACCAGACCGGGAAUCUUCUGCAUUGGUGUGGAUCUUAACAGGAACUGGAAGUCAGGCUUUGGAGGAAACGGUUCUAACAACAACCCCUGCUCAGAGACUUACCAUGGGCCCUCCCCUCAGUCAGAGCCAGAAGUGGCUGCCGUCGUGGACUUUAUCAUGUCCCAUGGGAACGUCAAGGCUCUGAUCUCCAUUCACAGCUACUCUCAGAUGCUCAUGUACCCCUAUGGCCACUCUCUGGAGCCUGUUUCAAACCAGGAGGAGUUGAUGUGGCCAGCGGGAUCACAGUCGACUGGGCCUACGACAGCGGCAUCAAGUACUCCUUCAGCUUCGAGCUCCGGGACACGGGGCGCUAUGGCUUCCUGCUGCCAGCCGCGCAGAUCAUCCCCACGGCCCAGGAGACGUGGAUGGCCAUUCGGACCAUCAUGGAGCACACACUGCAUCAUCCCUACUGACAGAACUGCUGAGGGGAGAGCCAGAGGAGUGGUUUUCUUUUCCGAGGCCUGGGCUCCUCCUGAAACCCAAGUAAUGGAUCCCUUCCCCAUCUCUGCCCUGACUCCUUAGGAAAUAAAAACAAAUUUGAAGAGG